GCACCAACCCACACCUACACAGAGGUCGAGUCAAGAGACCCAAAAGCAAUUCAAAUCCACCCUUCUCUCUUCUUCUUCUUCUUCUUCUUCUUUUUUUGUUUCUCUCAGAUCUAGGGGGCCGGCGGAGACUGAAAGAUGAUGCAGCUACUGUACACGGCGAUCUUCAGCCAAAUGGCGCUGAUACUGACGCUGCUGUUCAAGUCGCCGCUGAGGAAGCUGGUGAUAUUGGGCCUCGACAAGCUCAAGCGAGGCAAAGGCCCAGUCGUCGUCAAGACUGUUGGGGGCACCGUCGCCGCUGUGCUCUGUGCCAACAUCUACAAUCUCAACGAGCUCAAGAGCCGCACCAACGAGGCCGGCAUGCUCAACCCUACCGACGAGGUCCUCAUGUCCAUGAAAUUGCUCGAGAUUUCUCUCAUGGGGUUUUUUCUGUUUCUUUCCCUGAUGAUUGAUAGAUUGCACCAUUACAUAAGAGAACUUCGAUUUCUGAGGAAGGCAAUGGAGGCUGCAAAGAAACAAAACCAGCCUACUCAAGAAGAGAAAAGCGAAGGCCACAAGACCUUGGUGCAAGAAAAUGAGACAUUGAGGGCAAAAGUUAAGAAUCUGGAAUCUGAACAUGAGACCAAAGAAAAGAAGGCAAAGGCAACAGGAGCUGAGGUACAGGCCCUAAAGAAGCAAUCUGAGGGACUCCUUCUGGAAUAUGAUCGCCUGCUGGAAGAGAACCAACAUCUUCGGGACCAGUUGAAAUCAAUUGAUCGGAGCAUGUCACACUCUGAUGACAAAAAGAAGACGUAGGACAGUGUAACUCGGUACUUGUCAAACAACUUGAACAACUUUUGUCAAUAUCUACCUCUAUGAGGGUACUGUAGAUCUGGAUUCAGGCAGAAAGUAAACUGAGUGCACUUACCCAAUGUGACCCAUAUGGAUAUAUAAUGGGGUGCCAAUGGUAGUCAAAUGAUGCAACAAUGUAGUUGAUUUUCAGUGUUAUCAGAUACAUAUUUCUCAGAGUAGUAGUUUUCUGCAU